AUGUGUAAAAACAAUGUAAUCCCAUCGGAUUUUUCCUUUUCUCAUUUCACAGACUAUCAGUACUGGGGCUCAGAGCUCCAGCUACCUACUCUGGAUUUUGAAGAUGUUUUAAAAACUGAUGAACAUGCCUACAAAUGGCUGUCUAGCCUCAAGAGAAUAGGUAUAGUACGACUCACAGGAGCUGCUGACAAACGAGGAGAAGUUUUAAAGCUUGGGAAAAGGAUUGGCUUCCUCUAUCUCACAUUUUAUGGACACACUUGGCAAGUGCAAGACAAAAUUGACGCAAACAAUGUGGCCUACACAACUGGGAAGCUGAGUUUUCACACGGAUUACCCAGCCCUCCAUCAUCCACCUGGGGUUCAGUUUCUGCACUGCAUAAAGCAAACAGUCACAGGAGGUGAUUCUGAAAUUGUAGAUGGAUUUCAUGUAUGCCAGAAACUCAAAGAGAAAAAUCCUCGGGCAUUCCAGAUUUUGUCCUCUACCUUUGUGGACUUUACAGACAUUGGAGUGGAUUACUGUGAUUUCUCUGUACAAUCAAAACACAAAAUUAUAGAAUUAGAUGAUAAAAGCCAGGUGGUUCGCAUCAACUUCAAUAAUGCAACAAGGGACACCAUAUUUGAUGUACCAGUGGAACGGGUACAGCCUUUCUAUGCUGCGUUGAAGGAGUUCGUUGACCUCAUGAACAGCAAAGAAUCCAAGUUUACCUUCAAGAUGAAUCCAGGUGACGUGAUUACUUUUGACAACUGGCGCUUACUUCACGGCCGGCGUAGCUAUGAAGCAGGAACUGAGAUAUCCCGCCAUCUAGAAGGAGCUUAUGCUGAUUGGGAUGUGGUCAUGUCAAGACUUCGUAUCCUAAGGCAGAAUGUUGAGAAUGGAAACUGAAUUUCCUGUCUAUAAUUUUAGUAGAUUCCAGUGAGUGUAUUUUGUAAGACAUGGCAAAUAUGAGACCCUGAUCUAUACCAUUUACAUAUAAUUCCUUUAACAUUGAACAUGUAACCUCUCUCACAAGAGUACUCUUUUCUUUAUAAUCAAAUACAAUGUCAACUUCUUAGAUGUCUUAGCAGUGUACACUCUUUUCCAAAUAACGGAUCCCUUCUAUUCUGUUGC